AUGGAGAGAAUAAGAGAAGACGAAUCGUCGUCCCGCCAGGGCGAAGUAUCCUUCAUGAACUCCUCUCGUUUUUCAUCCCGAGGAACGGCAAAUAAUCUGGACGGAAGCCGCUUGCAUUAUUCUGUUCCAUUUCCGGACAUUAUUCCGCUCCUCGGUGACCUGACCCCACGUGUUUUCUUUUCGCCUCCGCCUGACGGUGAUUACUACAUAUCUUUUUGCCCGUGUGUGCUGGCGGAGGAGAAGAAGAAGGCCAUUUGUCAGCAGCCAGGAAAUGCGGGUGCCGGGAACGAAACCGCAUCAAACGCCCAGGUGCCGGUGCGCCAGUCAAUGAUUCAAGGGUCCCCUGGGUUUUGCAGAUCCGGUUACUGUGAUCUGAAAUUUGAGCAUGCGGAAGCUGCGCCGGUGGAUUCCUUGGUGACCGAGAGCCUGCUGGCCCUCACGGAUCCCGGUCGACGGACACCACCAGCAGCAGCAGCAGGAGCAGCAGUCGAGACGACGGAGACGGACGUGGAUCCGACGCCACCGGGACGCCUGCUGCUCGAACCUUGGCUGCAAAGGUCUCAUCAUCACCGAGCAUCCUGCCCGCGAGUGGACGACGGACCUGCUGCUGACGGUUCUCGUCACCUGUGUUCGCCUCCAUCUCCUGGCACUGAACCUACUAUUGAGGACGAGGCAUCAGUUUCUUCGCUGCGGUGGACUGACAUCACCUCAUCCUCGUUCAACGGACAGCAAGGAGAGGUCAAGUAUGGACAGAUGGACUUGCCGACCAUCCACGACCCCCGUUUCUACGGAAUGCAGUACCUGCCCCGGUUGAGUCGGUACCCCACAGUGCCGGACUUCACGAUGGACCAUCUCCAUCACGGCGGGACGUGGAACGAGCAUUCACGGAAGAGGCGGCGGACUUUGGCGCGGCGGGCAGGAACUUGCGCCUGGGCGUCCCUGGCCAUGGCCACAUUCAUCGCGGCCCUCAUCGGCUUCUCCAUCUUCUGCUCCCGGGGUCAGCGGGUAUUUGGCCCGCUCUGACCUCUGAUGACGGUUCAUCCAUCACCAUCGAAGGCAUUUGAUUCAACGACUACAACGUGAUGACGUGGGAUAUUCUCCUUAUAGCUCCCUCUACUCGGACGGCCGAGCGCGUGAUCUGCUGGCUAGUCUGUGCAUUGAACGAGUAUAAAUACUGUACCGUACGGUGACUCGGUCUCUAUCACUCUCUCUCUCUCUCUCUCUCUCUCUCUCUCU